GUGUUCUAGUGAUUCUAGUAUAGUUGUCAAGUAAACAACGGAUCACCAAUUAACAAAAUGUAAACCCAAACUUGUGAACAGUGUCUUUCUGAUACAUUGUGGAUGCUGCAUGAGCCUCGGGGUUUGGACUGCACGGUGAAGAAGUAUUUAUUAUUUCUAUUCAGGGAUUCAUGAGCCUAAAUGUCAAGAUGUCUACUCAUCUAGUUUACGAAAAGGCCAAAGUUGCGAUAUCUAAAUCCUUUUUAGACAAGAUGCCUUCAUCAAUUGACAAGGUGCAAUUUUUCAAGGAAUCAUUUGAAAAUCUUGAACUGACUGUGACACCAGAAUCUGAAUAUUCCAGUAUUUCUUUAGAGGGGUUUUGGGACUGUGUGGUGAAAGCUGAAAAUGUAUUGCUCACCUCCUUAGAAAAAUGGUGUACAUCUGAAUCUAAAAACAAAGAAAUUAAUGUUCCCUGUUUACAACAAGAAGUAUCUUUGGAGGAAAAUGAGGGUCGUUUGCUUGAGGCUGAUAAAAGAAAUGAGACUGAUCAGCUGUUAGAAGGAAGCUCAGUUCAACUUAAGAGAGAAAAACGUCUCAGUCCUGAAUUAGGGUCUGUUGAUGGCAGCUUGGAUGUCCUUAAUUGUCAAGUUUCAGAUCAACCAAUUGAAAAUGAAGUAUACAUGGACAUCAAACUUGAACACAAUUACAACCACCUUGAAGGUUUAAACCAUCAUGAAACUAGAUCAGAGAUUUGUGAAUCUGCUGUUGAGAAUGAAAUUUAUAUGGACAUCAAAUUGUCUAAGCCCAACGAUAAAAUUUUCAAUGACCCAGAUUUACCUGUUACUUUGGUGGUAGCUACAGAAGAUGAGCCAGGUAUUGAGGUCUUACAUUUGAAAAUGAACAAAACAAAUAAACAAAGUUUCACGAAAAAAAGAAAUUCCACAUUAGAAAGUAUGUCAGGCAACAACUUGGAGCGCAAAAAACUUCUUAAGAAGAAAUAUGAAGAACUAGCACCUUUUAGGUAUUUCUGUAACCAAUGUUCCUUCAAAACUAAACGUCAUAGUCAUAUGAGAAAUCACUCUAGACUUCAUGAAAAAGUCUGCACCAUUUAUUCAUGUGACCAAUGUGACUUCAGCACCAUCAGAGCAAGCCAUUUGCAAAGGCAUAUUGGUACGCAUAAGACUGAAAUUUUUGCUUGCUCUCAGUGCACAUACAGCACUCACACGGAAGAAUUGCUCACAAAACAUCAAAGGUACAAACAUGUUCUCAAACAACUUGAAGAUUCAAGUUCUAAAGAUUCUUAUCAAUGUUUGCAGUGUGACUACAUGACAACAAGUGAAAAGCACUUUCAAAGACACAUGGCUGUUCAUUCAAAGAAAGGAAAGGAAAAGUUACCCUGCUUUAAGUGUGCUCACUGCUCCUAUCAGACACCAAGUCGAUCUAAUUACUACCGACAUUUGGGUGGUGUUCAUGGGGAUGAGAGACCGUAUAUGUGCACUAUAUGUGGAUUGUGUUUCAAGCGUUCUGACACAUUGAUACAGCAUCAAGCCACUCAUGCUGAUCAGGAUUCAGAUGUAAAAGCUUAUCCAUGUCCACAAUGUAAGAAAAACUACCGAUCUACAAAUGCUCUCAAGGAACAUCAAUUGACUCAUGAAGAAGAAAGACGUUAUCUUUGUGAGAUCUGCGCUGCUUCUUUCAAGACACGAGCUAUUCAAAGGAAACAUUACAAUCAGAAGCAUGUUCACACCAAAACCAAUCCUUGUGCAUCUUGCUCCAAAAGUUUCACAUCAAAAUAUCUACUAAAACGACAUAUGAAAGUGCAUGCUAUGGCAAGGGCCCGCACAUCUCAGGCAGAAAAUGACAAAAAUACUUUGGAAGUGCCAACUGUUGGUGAGGGAUGGUGCAAUUCUCUAGUCAGUGCCGAGCCAACAUCAGAUGAUGUUCAAGUUAUAGUUGUUCACCAAGAGUCUGCGCAAUCAGGGCUGUCGGUGCAAGAAGGGCCUCUCUUUCAGAUAUCAUCAUCCCUGUUACCUGGUCAAGCUGUGUCAGUUCCUGUUGUACCAGUUGAGUAUGUCAUAACAUCGACUGACUCAACUAAUGAUAACUGCAGUAUGAGGCACACAGUGGACAUGAACUGUGCAGCACAGCACAUAGCAUCGAGUGAUGGGGACAUUAUUUCAUUAACGUUUGUUCCCAAUGAUUCUGCAUUUAUACAGCCAAACUCUGAAUUAUAAAUAACAGACUAAUUCUUUCCUAAAA